AUGAAAGGCCACACUAAGGAUAAUUGCUACAAGUUAAUAGGAUAUCCAGCUGAUUUCAAAGGGAAGAAGAAAGUCACUGCAGCUUCUGUUAUGUCAACAACACCUCCACAACACAAUGCUAUUACACAGGAUCAGUAUAACCAAAUCCUUAAGCUGCUGAACAAGCCAGUACUAUCUGAUUCCGCUGCUAAUUCUCAGGCUUACAAUGCUAAUUCAACAGGUAUUUUUGCUAGUAUUGUUUCACAUUCUAUUUUACCUACCAAACAUGAACAUUGGAUAGUAGAUAGUGGUGCUACUGAUCAUAUGGUAGGGAAUGAAUUAUUGUUGAACACUAGUCUGACAGUUCCUAAUUCAGGCAAAGUCCAACUUCCUAACGAUGAUUCUGUUAUAGUCACACAGUCUGGAAAUUGUCAAUUAGAAGGAGGUGAUGACCUCUUCACUGGGAAGGUGAAGGGGAUUGGUAAUGAACACAAUGGCCUUUACACAAUGAGAUCACCAAUAGCGAAUGAAGGCAGUAGUUUUAAAGCUUUGGCUGUGGCAGAUUGCAGAGAAGAAUGGACUAUUUGUCAUCAAAGAUUGGGACAUGUGCCUAUGGCUGUCAUUAGAAAGCUAAUUUUUGGCAAGAAAGUAAAAAUGUUCAGGUCUGAUAAUGGAGGUGAAUUUUUCAAUACACAGUGCAAGGAAUUGUUUAAUAGUCGUGGCAUAAUUCAUCAAAAAUUUUGUUCCUACACUCCACAACAAAAUGGGGUUGUGGAGAGAAGGCACAUGCAUAUACUUGAAACUGCUAGGGCUAUCAGAUUUCAAGGACAUUUGCCUAUUAGGUUCUGGGGUGAAUGUAUUCUGGUUGCUGUGUUCAUAGUCAAUAGAGUUCCUUCUACUGUUCUAGGGAACAAAUAUCCUUAUUGCAUGAUAUACAAGAAGCAAGUUGAUCUUUGUUACAUGAGGACUAUUGGUUGCUUGUGUUAUGCAACCAACUUGAUUAAGGGUGACAAGUUUGGAACUAGAGCCAUUAAGUCAGCCAUGUUGGGUUAUAGUAGCACCCAGAAAGGUUAUAAGCUAUAUGACUUGGGGGCUAAAUCUAUCAAUGGAACACAUCUUUCCUUUUCAAACUAA